AUGACGAUGUGCAGGUGCUCAGGGAGCCUGGUGUUGAGCGGUGCCCUGCACAUGCAGUGCCUGGUGUGGCCACGGGACUGCGGCUCGGGGCACCACCCACCCUGGUUCCCGCUGAGCUCUGUCCCUGCAGACGUCGCCUACCUGCGCUCCAUCCUGCCCAGCACCACGGAGGACGCCUUCUUCGAUUACCUGGCCACCCUGGACACCUCGGAGGUGACCGUCUCUGCUGUGCCGGAGGGCUCUGUCGUCUUCGCCAGGGUCCCGUUCCUGCAGGUGAAGGGGCCACUGCUGGUGGUGCAGCUGCUGGAGAGCACAUUGCUGUGCCUGGUCAACUACGCCAGCCUGGUAGCCACGAACGCCGCUCGCUUCCGACUCCUUGCUGGCCCGGACGUGAAGCUGGUGGAGAUGGGGCUCCGUCGUGCUCAGGGGCCGGACGGUGCCCUCUCAGCCUCCAAGUACUCCUACAUCGGGGGCUUCGACUACACCAGUAACGUCCUGGCAGGGAAGCUCUACGGUAUCCCGGUGCGCGGCACCAUCGCCCACUCCUUCAUCGUGUCUUUCACCUCGCUGGAGGAGGUGCAGCUCCGGAAGCUGCCACCGCUGGCAGGAGGAGAGCCAGUGGAUCUCCCGGCCCUGGCUGAGUCGUGGCUGCAGCGGGUGUGUGAGCUGCUGCAGACCCCCCCUGAGAAGGCGAACCGGGGUGAGCUGGCCGCCUUCACGUCCUACGCCAUUGCCUUCCCACGGAACUUCCAGGGGCUGCUGGACACGUACUGCGUCAGGAGGAGUGGCUUGCCAAACUUCUGUGCUGUGGCACUGGCCCUGCACCAGCUGGGGUACCAGGCUAUCGGGGUGCGUCUGGACAGCGGGGACCUGGCCCAGCAGUCCAAGGAGGUCCGCCGAGUGCUCCGAGCCUGCGGUGCUCACUUCCAGGUGCCCUGGUUUGAGACCAUCCCCAUCGCCGUCAGCAACGACAUCAGCGAGCAGAGCCUGGAGGAGUUCAGCCGGGAGGGGAGCGAGAUUGACAUGAUCGGCGUCGGGACGAACCUGGUGACAUGUCCCCUGCAGCCGUCGCUGGGCUGCAUUUACAAGCUGGUGGAGGUCAAUGGCUCCCCAUGCCUGAAACUCACAGAAGACGAGGAGAAGAUGACGAUCCCAGGGAGUAAGACAAUCUAUCGGCUCUAUGACGCUGCUGGUCACCCCUUCAUGGACCUCAUGGCCCUGGAGGAGGAACCCUCACCCAGUGCGGGGCAGGAGCUGGUGGUCCAUGUCCUGGGGAGGCUUGGCGAGGCCAGCAAGGUCGUGCCCACCACCGUGGAGCCCCUCCAUCGCACGUACUUCAGAGAUGGCCAGAUGUGUGAGCCGCUGCCCGGCCUGCCGGAGGUGAAGAGCCACGCGCAGGCAUCCCUCAGCCUGCUCAACCCUGCUCACCGACGCCUUCAUGAACCACAGCCCUACCCGGUGGCCGUGUCGGAGAGGCUGCACCGCCUCCUCGCCGAGCUGCGGCAGGCCAGCCAGUGAGCGGGUCCCCGCUCGCCCCCCACCCUGUG